AUGUGUAAAUUCUUCGACGUGUUCGGUAUCGCGUUGUCGAUGAACAUCCUGAUUUGUAUCUCAUUGGAUCGAUUUUAUUCAAUAUUCUUCCCACUUUAUGCUAUGCGAGCACAAAAAAGCGUUCAGAAGAUGGUGUUAGCAGCAUGGAUCACUUCGUUCGCUACAAGUGCACCACAGUUCUACCUCUUCAAAACUGCUACUCAUCCGUGCUACCCGACAUACACACAAUGCGUCUCGAGAAAUCUCGUCAAUGAAAUAUCAACAGGGGUAGUGUUCUAUUUUUCAAUACUGAACAUCGUGCAAGUAUACUUUUUUCCGUUAAUCGUAACAGUUGUCUGUUAUUCACUGAUACUCUGGAAGAUCUCUGAGGAAUCGGCCACUAAGAAAAAAGAAGGUAGUUACUCGUUACUACGACGCAGUGGUCUACAAACGCUUCAACGUGCGAGGAGUAGAACACUUAAGAUGACGUUCGUGAUCGUGCUAGCGUUCAUUUGCUGCUGGACGCCAUACGCAAUCAUGAUGUUUCUGCACUUUCUCACCGAGACGGACUGGAUACCGAAAGACGUCCGGAAGUUCAUCUACGCGUUUGCCGUGUUUAACUCGGCGAUAUCUCCCUAUCUUUAUGGCUAUUUUUCAUUUGAUGUGAAAAAAGAACUCAAGUUGCUGUUCAGUUGCUCUCGCAAUAUCGCAUCAGAAGUUCAUGCUACUUCUUCGAUAAACACCAGCAGGUUUCCGAAAUUCAAGACUAAUUCUUUAACGAAUUCACAACUAUGUGAGGUCUAA